AAAGAUAUACCGCUCGGCUACUCACAGUUUAGCCCUGCAGCUCCACCGGAGGUGAUAGUCAAAGUACAGUCGCGACUGCCACAUCAAUAUAAACGACUGAUACAGGAGCCACAGUUGGCUAAAACGAUAACAUCAUGGCAGGGGUAAAGUUCACCGGCAGAGUCCAAUCCAGGUUAACCCACGCAUGCACACAAUGAUAUCACGCGAUACAUGAAAUACAGACCAUAAACAGGAUUCACUCUCUGCCACUAGGUCCCCUGUGUCCCGCCGUUUCUGACCUUCAUCCCACAACACGUCUUUUCAGCUCAUCUGGUCCAGCCGGAGAAGUUCAGCACCACGCCUUGCGUUUGACAGCUGCAGUGAUUCACCGAGAGCCAGAAUGAAAACAAACAAAGUGUGGUUUUAUUUUUGAGAGUCAACAUGCUGACAAUUUUCAUGACGUUGUUCUUUUUCUGGUGACUACGCAUGAGAACAGACUUAAAGAAUGACCGGUAAAAAAGCCGCCUGAAGGGAGUGAGAGCAAGCGGGCGGGAGUGUCGUCUUGCCACGUUGUCUGAAAAAAGAAAUGCGGGCGGGAGGAGGAACAACCAUCGUCACACUUUCACACUAUUUCAAUAUAAGUUUGACGUACAACUCCAACAAUUAGAGGAUGUCUGAGGACGUCAGACCUCUGAGCCAUUUCUAUUUAUUUUUUUGUCUCUUAAACUUCCCAGCCACUGCGUGGAUAUGAUAUGUCCUACAGCGCUUUCCAUAGGCCUACCUACCUUAUUGUUCAAGCAUAUUUGAAAAUAAUAAACAUUUUGGAAACUAUAUAUGUAAGAGUUAUGAUUAAAGCUACUAUUUUGUGAUGCUCAUAAAUAGCCAUAGCCUACAUAAAGUAUACGGCUAGGUCUAGCGGGGAAACAUACGGUCACGACGUCGCCCCAGAUAACCUCUUAAAAACCUCUUGUAAAGAGGUCACGUCUCUGCAACAUCAAGGUAGAACCUCGUCACGACGAUGACGCCGGGACGUCACGCUGUGAGCUGAGGUCAUACCCGCGUUGUCACCUCUGGCGAACCCCGGUCUGCCUGUUUACAUUCACAGAGGGCUGGCGCUGUUUAUGUGAAACCAUGGUUCCUAGGGUUAGUGGAGCUAACAAAGCUUUUUGAAUCUUGAAUCUUGAAUCUAUUUUUAGUAGGCCAAUCGACGAUGAAGGCCAUUUGCCAGAUAAUAACAAUUGGCUCAUAUAGUAUAGUAAUGGGAAUUGGUCAGCAGAUAGACCCCUGCUGCUCAAAAAAGGAAAUGUGAUGUCUCUAUUUCAGACGUAAUCGUUGUAUAGAACGUAGGCUUAUGUUUGUCCUAGGCUGAUGUAAUUGCUUUAAUUAUUGAUGCUUAAAUGUAUUUAGUCCUAUGCGUUAUAGAAUAAAGAACAGAAACUCUGUAGCUUUCCCUUUUUGCAGUAAAACUACACCAACAGCACAUCUAAAAUAAUAUACCCAAUACAACAACACAAUAACGUGUUAGGAUAGAGUUUAAGCCCUCUAAAUAAAUUAUCUUGUCCCAUUGUCUAUGAUGUAUUUAGUGUGUUCAGCAGUUGAUUUGUGGAUCCCAAUGCGUUGUAUUGCCACCAGGCGUCGCUGUUGCACACAAAGUGUGUCCUGAAAACAAAGAGGCAUACACAUGGCCAAUAAGAUCAGGUUAUGCAAAUUAGCUCCAAGAAAAACGGCCUCUUGUAAGCAGAAGAGCAGAAGCAGGAACGUGUCCCGUGUUCAGUCGCGACUUGCUGCAGUCUCACACGUUUCGCUUGACAGUUGCACUGGGCUUCCACAAUCUGCAGAUACACUUUUUCCUCGGAAUACUUUAUCGACACCCAGCAGCACGGAUGUGCAAUAUGACAUUUGAAACCUGUGGAGGCAUCUCUUCAGAAAGGAUGGAAACGGUGUCAAAGGCAAUCGAGGAGAUUCUCAGCUCUGCCUUGCCCCAGGGAUGCGUCACCGCCGGCGUUUACGAAGCAGCCAAAUCUCUCAAUGCGGACCCAGACAACGUGGUCCUGUGUCUGCUUGCGACGGACGAGGAGCACGCGGGAGACGUUGCCCUGCAGAUCCACUUCACGCUCAUCCAGGCCUUCUGCUGCGAAAACGACAUCAACAUCGUGCGAGUGAGCAACAUGCGGCGCCUUGCCGAGAUCUUGGGAGAGAGCAAGCUGGGGGGAGAGCCCGAAGACCUGCACUGUGUUUUAGUAACGAAUCCCCCCUCCACUUUGUGGAAGGACCCUGCGUUGGGAAAGGUGAACACGUUCUGCAAAGACUGCCGGUGUCUGGACCAGUGGCUUCCUGUCAUCAACCUGCCCGACCGAUGACCGCGACGUACACACAGGGCAGCACGACACCAUGUACGUGCGCACGCAAAAAACAGUGUGCCUCGGAGGAAGGAAACGAAACACAAACUUCAUUAGACCCCGGCUAACGGUCCCAGCUCUCAGUUAUCCGUUAUCCGUUUUCCGUCUCCGGGAAUACUCAAGCAAUCGGUUUCCAGGGCAACGAGGAAUAGCGGUGGGAGGAGGAGCGACAGGUGGAUGGAAUACCAACGAAGGAAGAGAUAAAGAAUAAGGAAAAUAUAAAAGCGCCGGGUCAGCGCGGAGAUACCGCGCCAAGAAGGAUGACUCAGCGCUUACAAGGAGUCACAGGAUCUGGCAAGCAUGACUGUGCAUUUGCGGGAACACAUGUCUUUGCGGGAUACCGGAGCAUGUGAUCUGGCACGACGCACGUGGAAGGACACUCAAGGAAUGCAGACAGCGAGAGGUGGCGGGAGAGAGCGAGAGAGACAAAGAGGGAGAAGGGACAUAGAGAGAGACAGAUAGAGAGCUGCUGAACUUGAUAGACUCCAAGAACCAGCCUGGAAUGUUCCAGUUGAACACUAAGGACACUUAGUGUUUUUUUUAACAGAUGCCUUAAAAAACGUUAAUUUAAUGUUUUCUUCAUGUGACCAGCAGACAUUUUGAUAAUUUAAGAAACAAGUCUUAACACGCUGUAAAAGGAGCCAUGCAUCUCAUUGAUCUACUUUUAAGCAAUAAUUUAUUGGAUAAACUGUAUUUAUUUUGCGCAGUAGUCUGACCAGCCUGUCCAUAAUAAUAUAAAAAUGUAAUAAAAUGUUCUUAAAGUGAAGUUUUGAUUUGCUUUGUUUUUAUCUUGCUUGUGUCGAUAAUUAUCAGAUGGUUAUCUAAUACUAUAAAUGGUAUCCUUAUUUUUUUAACUCUGGGUAAUUACUAGCAUUAAGAUUCUGGCCUAAUUGGGUGACCUACACAAUUCAUACAAACCACCAACAGCUGCCUUGGAUGCUAAGUUUCUUUGGUUUUUUCAUGAGUCUUGUUGGGUUCAUUUAAGGUCUAAGCAAAAACCGGAGGCCUGAUAUUCUAAUGUUAAGAAGACAAAGCGUCUUUCCACCCUUUAAUUUACUAACUCUUACCAAAUAUAGGUUUUUUUCUGCGUCAGCGAAUCUGACUGUUGGCAUACUCACAAAAAUAGCAGGUCGACCUCGCAGCUGGGCCUAAAAUACUCUGUGAGAAAGGGGGGGAUUUUUCUCAGGUUUCCCAGAGGCAAAGCCUCUUACAGAAAGGUCAUAGAACAAUG